CCACAGUCCAUAGAACAAUACCAGACGUGACCACAGUUCACAGUUCUCAACUAAAAUACAGUAAAUACAGUAAAAUAGUUCUUAAUUCUAUACAUUAUAAUGGCAAGCGAUGAAACACCUUUGGCAAAAGCGAUAGCGAACUACAGACCUCCUCCAAUAACUAAAGACACUGCAAUCAAUUACUACGCCCCGGCAUUUGGCACAGUAAACUAUGCGUUUUUAUCCAUCAAUGUGAUGAACCCCGGUAUUUUUCAAAGAGUUCUACCGAAACCAGACCUCACAAAUAUAUUUUUAUUCAACUCUUGCCUUGGGUCGUUUCUAUUUAUUGCCGGACGCCCACAUCUCAGUGAAGCGCCUCUCAAACUACGCGUAGCAUACAGCGUGUAUGGAUCAAUUUUGUUCAACAUGGGAUCAGUAUUGUCAUGGGCCAUUUUACGUAGUCUAUUGCCGAAUAACUCUGGUUUAACCACUGUUACUGGUCUAAUUUCAGGAUUAGCGUUGACUGGUUGUGGUGUUGCAUACUUGAGUUACAAUGACAAAGCCGUUAAAGCGAAUAAAAAGUAGACAUUUGUUUUUAUGGUGAUUACUUAGUUUAAUUAAAUUCCUAAGUUCUGUAGAAAUUUAAUUCCAAUUUCAUAGAGGGCUGAUUUUUU